AUUGAUCCCCAUUCACUUGAACGCACCUCGACGCUUCCUCAUACCGUUUUCUUUGUAAACAUAUUCAUGAUGCGACGCCCACCUCUAUGUACCUCUGCAUCACGCGUGACCACAUCCCUUUUGCUGUCGUUCCUUGCUGUGACAGGUAGCAACGCCAUAGAGCUGCCUAUUCUGCCUCCGCCACCGACAACACACAGCGCAGAAAAGGACUUUUCGCUGCGACACAUCUUCCACCAUGGCACGUACAAGUAUCCACAGCUGCACCGACGGCUCGAUGUGCCAGAGCAGGCAGCAGUAUGGAUGGCCGAGGACGGUGACAACACCCAUCGCGAGCCCGUUCCUCGAUUGCGCGUCAAGUCGCAGGCCAUGAGUAUCCAAAGACUUGCAGAUAGAACCAAGGACACAAUCAAUGGCAUACUAGACUGGGGGAGAACAAAAGGAAGGCCUGUGCAGCUGGCUGCCGAGGACUGGACCAUCGAUGAGAUUCCAGGGCCAAAUGUAACCGACAAGGAGACGGUACUAAGCUUCGCGCGCAUGGCCUCGAACGCGUACAUAUUAGAGCCCAACACAGGCGAGUGGGAAGAAGUGGGCGGAGGCUUCAAUUACACAGAAGACUUUGGCUGGGAAUCAGAUGGGUUACGAGGGCACAUCUUCGCCGAUACUGAGAAUUCGACAAUCGUCAUAGGCUUGAAAGGCACUUCGCCCGCCAUGUUCGACGGCUCAGAGACUACGACGAACGACAAGAUCAACGACAACUUGUUCUUCAGCUGUUGCUGCGGACAGGGUGGGCAGUACCUGUGGCGACAAGUGUGCGACUGUCAAACAUCAGCCUUCACUUGCAACUCUACCUGCCUCGUCACGGCGCUUCGCGAGAAGAAUCGCUACUACUACGCUGCCCAAGAUCUCUACCACAAUGUCACGGCACUAUAUCCCGACGCUGAGGUCUGGAUGGCAGGCCAUUCUCUGGGUGGUGCUGUAUCCUCCUUCCUCGCUCUGACUUUCGGGCUUCCUGCUGUGACGUUCGAAGCCGUCCCCGAAGCCAUGCCAGCAUCUCGCCUCGGCCUCCCAGUUCCCCCGGGCCACCAAAUUGGCUCGCUUCAGAAACGCGAAUUUACCGGUGGUUUCCACUUCGGGCAUACAGCAGAUCCAGUAUAUAUGGGAACGUGUAACCAAGCUACCAGCGUAUGCACGUUCGGCGGGUACGCCAUGCAAAGCGUUUGCCACACAGGUCAAAAAUGUGUAUACGAUACUGUCAAAGACUUGGGCUGGCGCGUGGGCAUCGGCACACAUAAGAUUGUUGAAGUCAUCCGCGAUGUGAUACUAAAGUACGAUCAGCCUGCAAAGUGCGAGCCAUAUCUCAAUUGUACCGACUGUUACACGUGGGAGUACUUCGAGAGCAAUGGCACGGAGACAACAACCUCUUCAUCGUCCAAACCCACAUCAACAUCGACCUCAAAGUCUACACGCACGCGAACGGAGACGUGUAAAACGCCAGGUUGGUGGGGAUGUCUUGACGAAUCCACCACUGGGACACAUUCCAAGACAAAAACCACAUCAACGUCAUCAACGUCAACGUGCAAGACACCAGGCUGGUUCGGUUGCAAAGACGACACGGAGACAUCCACAACCAAAGCAUCCCACACUACCACCCCUGCACCAGUACCGACAGCAACGACGACUUCAUCUACACCCACCUCCACCUCAUCGUGCAAAUACCCAGGCUGGUUCGGUGGAUGUCUAGACGGAGAUGAUCCACCUUUGAAGACGAGGCCACACACACCGACGCCCACUGCCUCUGUCUCUACUACAUCAUGCACGUCUGAGGGAUUCUUUGGCCUGAUAUGUUUUGACAAAUCGAAGAAGCACAGAAAAACAAGUUCACAGCAGCCCAUUACUGAGAGAAUGGAGAUGUAAACAUAUCCGUACUGGACGUUCGUUUUAUGGAGUUGUAAUUUAGAGUACCUUCACACUCGGAAAUAUGCGAGAAAUUAUCGAUAUCCAGGCGUUUGAUUUGCAAAGGCGUUCCUCGGAUGGUCAUCGGAAGCGAAAUCCUGUGAGCAUAGCGUUUAGUUUGUACAUAGCGUGGCAUUCAUUCUACUUCUAUAAGAGAAACAUCGAUAUAUAAUAUACAUUAACGGCACCUCUAUAUUGACUUUGAGCUAGGUCGAAUUAUCUUUAAAUUGAUACACAAUUACUCCAAGUCGACUCUUUUUCUACAUCCGCGCUCAUUAAGAUGGUUUGUACUUGUCCUCAUUCAUUGUGUCGGCUCGCGAUAUUCCACCUCAGCUAUGAUGCC